UCGAACGUACGCUCGAGCGGAUAUCGUUAGGCUAGUCAGCUAGCCAAGUUAGCUAAGCUAGCAGGCUAACGAGUCGGCUAGCAGCAGCCAGCUAGCUGGUCAAACAAUAGGGCUCGGCCUCGUUAACAAACCGGAGCGGUUAACGGUCAUCGCCAGGAGUUUAAAACGAGUGAAAUGGAUUUGGUUUGUGUAGUACAGCUUGUAAUUCUUGAAGAGAUGGCUGGAAAAUGACGAGACGUCGCUUCGCUUGACACGUUGGCUUCUUCAGUCGCCAUACAACUCCACAUAGCCUGAUGCCCAUUCUUGCCACAUCUGUUGUCAUGGACACGGAGGACUUCCUGCACCCAGACGGCCCUCAUCUGGGGAGCCCCAAAUAUAGCGUGCCCAGUCCUCCUCUCCCCAACUCUAUAGAGAGUGAGGUGUUUUCCUCUAACGCCUGGCCAUUCUCUCAGCAGUCCGACUUCAGCCAGCCCUAUCCUACGCAACAGUCUGGGAGGCCGUUCCAGCCCUGCGUCUCUGCCGCAGACGUGUUCAGCUCGCUGGCCGACGUGGACUUCUCCGACCUCACGACGGGCAGGAACGGAGACUUCGCACCGGAUCUGUCAUGCAUGGACGACCUGUCCAACGCGUCGCUGUUCUCCUCGCCCCCCGACUCGCUGUCCGAGUACACAGACCCUUCCGGCUUCAGCCUGGACGGCCUGGCUCUUGGUCCCAGCCAGGGCUCCGCUUCCACACCAGCCUACUGGGACACAGCUGGGCCAAACCAGAGAGAGUUGAACCUGAAGUUCUCAGGUUUGAACAAUCUGGAUGUCAUCCCGAUCAACCCGCCGUUAGCCGGAUUCAAGCUCCAUGAAGUGGCCCCGCCCCCGCCCGAGGAGGAAGAGGAAGCGGACGAGGAGGAGACGGAGGAGCUCGGUCACGUGGAUACAUACGCCGAGUACAAGCCCUUGAAAUCCACCAUAGGCAUCUCUCACCCGGACAUUGUGGUGGAGACGAGCACCCUGUCCAGCGUGCCUCCACCCGACAUCACCUACACCCUGUCCAUCCCAGACAGCACCAUCAGUACGGGCCAGCUCUCCGCCCUGCAGCUGGAGGCCAUCAUCUACGCCUGCCAGCAACACGAGGUGAUCCUGAAGAACAAGCAGAGAGCGGGCUUCCUGAUCGGGGACGGCGCUGGUGUGGGCAAAGGCCGCACCGUGGCUGCCAUCAUACUGGAGAACUUCCUAAAGGCACGGAAGAGAGCCCUGUGGUUCAGCGUGUCUAACGAUCUAAAGUAUGAUGCAGAAAGAGACCUCAAGGACAUAGAGGCACCUAACAUCCCCGUCUUUGCUUUAAACAAGAUUAAGUAUGGAGACACAGCUACCUCAGAGGGCGUUCUGUUCGCUACGUACUCUGCUCUGAUUGGGGAGAGCCAGGCAGGGGGGCAGCACCGCACCCGACUGAAGCAGAUCCUGGACUGGUGCAGACCCGACUUUGACGGAGUCAUCGUAUUCGAUGAGUGCCAUAAAGCCAAAAAUGCGACAUCCACCAAGAUGGGCAAAGCUGUCCUGGACCUGCAGAACAAGCUGCCACUGGCGAGGGUGGUGUAUGCUAGUGCCACAGGUGCCUCGGAGCCAAAGAACAUGAUCUACAUGAGUCGUCUGGGGAUCUGGGGAGAGGGAACGCCCUUCAAGACCUUCGAGGACUUCCUGCACGCCAUCGAGAAGAGGGGCGUCGGUGCCAUGGAGAUAGUUGCCAUGGACAUGAAAGUCAGCGGCAUGUACAUCGCCCGGCAGCUGAGUUUUUCCGGCGUGUCGUUCCGGAUCGAGGAGAUCACACUGGACAGCGAGUUCAAGCUGGUCUACAACAAGGCCGCCCGGCUGUGGGCCGAGGCCUUGGACGUAUUCACCCGGGCGGCGGACACCUUGGGCCUGAACUCGCGGAAGUCCCUGUGGGGCCAGUUUUGGUCCUCGCACCAGCGCUUCUUCAAGUACCUCUGCAUCGCCGCCAAAGUGCGGCGCCUUGUGGAGCUGGCCCGGGCCGAGAUGGAACAGGGCAAGUGCAUCGUGAUUGGCUUGCAGUCGACUGGCGAGGCCCGCACUCGUGAGGUCCUGGAUGAGAACGAUGGCCACCUGGACCGGUUUGUCUCUGCUGCCGAGGGGGUGUUCCAGUCUCUGGUACAGAAGCACUUUCCACUGGAGAAACCCAAGCGAGAGAAGAUGGCUGGAAAUAAAAGGAAACGAAAGCCACGGGGCCGCCCCCCCAAGUUCUUGAAACACUGCGUGGAGGUGGGCGGGGUCAUCAAGAUUAGCGACGACUCGGACUCGGACUCAGAGGAGCUCGACAGCGACUCAAACUCCUCCCCCGAGUCGCUGCAGGACAACGACGAUGUCAUCUUUGUCAACCACAUCAACGGGCCCAGCGCAAAACUGGAGGAGUUGAAGCAGGGCCUGCUGGGUAAGAUAGCUGAGCUGGGGAAGGAGCUGCCUCUGAACACGCUGGACGAGCUGAUCGACAGGUUCGGGGGGCCAGAGAGGGUGUCUGAGAUGACUGGGCGGAAGGGCCGGGUAGUGCGGCGGCCGGACGGCAAGGUGCAGUACGAGUCGCGGGCAGAGCAGGGGCUCACCAUCGACCACGUUAACAUCAAAGAGAAGGAGCGCUUCAUGGCUGGGGAGAAGCUGGUUGCAAUCAUCUCCGAGGCAGCCAGUUCAGGCAUCUCCCUGCAGGCUGACAAGCGUGUGCAGAACCAGAGGAGGAGGGUGCACAUGACCCUGGAGCUGCCCUGGAGUGCUGACCGUGCCAUCCAGCAGUUCGGUCGCACUCAUCGCUCUAACCAGGUGAACGCUCCAGAGUACAUCUUCCUGAUCUCAGAGCUGGCAGGAGAGAGACGCUUUGCUUCUAUUGUAGCCAAGCGCCUGGAGAGCUUGGGUGCGCUGACCCAUGGUGACAGACGAGCCACUGAGUCCAGAGACCUGAGCAAAUACAACUUUGAAAACAAAUAUGGUACCAAAGCCUUGGAUAAGAUCACUAAAGCCAUAUUGGGACACAUCGACAACAAGGUCCCCCCACCCAAAACUUACCUGGGCGGUGAAGACAGGUUCUUUGCAGAUAUGAAGAAAGGCAUGAUUGAUGUGGGCAUUUUCUGUAAGGAUCUACGCUUUGGCCUCAACACAGAGAAAGACUGCACCAUCACCAAGUUCCUGAACCGCAUCCUGGGCCUGGAGGUGCACCACCAGAACGCACUCUUCCAGUACUUCACCGACAACUUCGACUACCUGAUUGAGAAGGACAAGAAGGAAGGCAAAUACGACAUGGGCAUUCUGGAUCUCGCUCCGGGUAAUGAUGAGAUCCAUGAGGAAGAACAGGAAGUGUUCUUGACCCCCGGAAACCCCCAGGAAGGCCAGGUCACCCUCUAUAAGAUCAGCGUGGACCGAGGGAUGCCCUGGGACGAAGCCCUCAGCAAAGCAGAGACGCUGACAGCAGAACACGAGGGUUUCUACCUCUCCCACAAGUUGCGUGGGAGCCAGCCCUGCGUGUUGCUGGCUGAGCAAGGCCGAGGGCGGAACCUCAUCAUCUACAAGCCCAACAUCGGCAGGCAGGCUCACCCGGAGAACAUGGAGAACCUGCAGCUGCGCUACCGCAAGGUGCUGCCCGAAGAAGCCAAGGACUGCUGGGAGAAUCAGUUUGUCUUCUCAUUCAAGAAGUGCAGCCAUGCCAACUGGAAAGGCAAGUGUAAGCAGGUGGAGCAGGGUCAGGAGUGCUGGCUGGGCAUGCGUCUGCGCCAGUACCACAUGCUGUGCGGGGCUCUGCUCCGUGUGUGGAAGCGCGUGGCUGACAUCGUCUCGGACGUCACCAACUCCAGCCUGCUGCAGAUCGUGCGUCUCAAAACCAAGCAGAACAGCAAGCAAGUCGGUAUAAAGAUCCCGGAGAACUGUGUGGAGCGCGUGCGUGGCGAGCUCUUGCAGAUGGACGCGGAGGUGAAGCGAGUGCGGCGGGAGAAGGAGGCCCAGGCACAGCAGGAGCAGCAGGCUCUGCGUGCCCGCCAGGAGCUGAUCCUCCGCCUGGAGCAGCAGAAACGUCUCUGCGCGACAGAUGCCUUCGGGAACCCGCCGCUCCGCCUCCGGAGCCCGCCUCCCUACCCCAGCGUGGCCCUGCCCAAGAGCCGGCCAGCCGACGAGGUGCUGGACCUCACCCUCAGCCCAUGCCCAUCGCCGGAGGCGGAAGCAGACGGAGGGAACGGAGGGCUUACCCUAAACGGGCUGGCAGGGCUGGCUGGCGUGUUCGAAAUGCAGAGAGGAGGAGGAGGAGGAGGAGCGGGGAUGAAGAUCCCCGAGACGUUUCACCUAGAAGAGCUGAUCUCGCAGGAGCAGCAGAGGGACAGGCGGGUGACGUCGGAGCACGGGAACACUCGCAUGGCCCCGCCCCUUUUGCCCACCCAUAGCAACCUGCACAUGCUAAAGCAGGGGGGUCUGCAGGCUGUCCAUACGCUCAGACAGCAGCACACGGCGCUCGGCGUACUCCAGCAUGGCACGCCACGCACGCCCCAAGUGCUCAGCGCACAGAGCUCCGCCCCUCCAGCGGCACGAUUCGACAAGCGGCCGUUGCGGCUGUUUCCAGGCAAUGACAGUAAGCAGCUCAUUGGGAUGAAGCCACACGGCAGCACACUGACCAACCACAACCACGCCUUGCAGGGGCGCCAGCUACAGAGGCGUGUGCACGCUGCGCCUCACGCGUCCCGUGCGCCUCACGCGUCCCGUGCGCCUCACGCGCUUCAGCUCCCUCCUCUACAGCAGGGCAGCCAUCAGCGUGUCCCAGUCAUGCACACGCACGUCCCCAGCAUGCAUGCGGCAGAGGGGUCGAACAUGGCCAGCAAGCACGCGCCUCUCGUGCUGAAACGUCGGUUGCCGGAGCUGGGCUCGCGGGCGCCCGGCAGCCAUUCCGUGGCGGACGGCUCCGUGCCGCAGCAGGAUGAGUUCGGCUUUGCCUUCGACUCGUCCGUCCUUGCGCCGUCGCUCCCGUACCCGUUCUCGUCGCAGGCCCCGCCCUCCUCUUCCCCGUCAUUCUCUCACCCGUCUGCUUCGUUCUCCCCUGCCUUCCUGCCCUCGUCCGAGCGCGUGCACCUCCCGCUGGCCAAUGGCCACUGCAGCAUGGACGCGCUGGACGCCCGAGAGCCCCUGGACCUCAUGGCUGGCGGGGCUCCCACUGACCGUCGUCAGUCCGUCAUUCAGUACAAGCCCGUGGACUGGGACGCCACCUAAUGGCCGGGUGUGGUACACCCAUGCGGUGCUACGCCACGCGCCUGUCAGUACUGUCAGUUCUCCUUGUUUGUGAUGUUUGUUGGGUGUCCCGAAUUUGAAGAGGUGUUGUUUUUUUGUUGUUGUUGUUUUUGUUUUUUUUGGUUCUUUCUUUCUUGUGUCGAUUUCAGUCAAUUCUAUGCUGACCAUAAGCUAGGUCUUUCAGCUGUGUUUUGGUCAGCGUUUUUGUGUGUGUGUGUGUGUGUGUGUGUGUGUGUGUGUGUGUGUGUGUGUGUGUGUGUGUGUGUGUGUGUGUG